UUUUGAACUGAUUUCAUUUUCGCAUAUGUUGGCGCUGUGGCAUUUUCAGUCGUAAAUGGAUCCACCAUUGAUCGCAACACAGAAUAAAGCAAGGAUUGAACAUAUGGCCAUAGAUCUUAGUUCUAUCACUGCCGACGCUGUCGUUGAUGGUCUUGGCUUUUUCGAUUCCGCUAAACACAAUUGUCAAGAAAGAGAUUAUGACGUCUCGGGGACGAUGUCAAUAAAUGGUGGAAGUUCUGGUGAAAAAUAUUAUCGGCGAGUUAUGCAAGGGGGGUAUACCAGUCGUUUUCUUGAAAAUCGAGGAUUUGGUUGGCUUCUGGAUAUUGAUGAUGAUAUGGCCGAUUUUCAAAGACCUUUGUUAGAAGAAUUGGAUAUUGAUUUGUCGGAUAUUUAUUAUAAAGUGCGCUGCGUAUUAUUCCCGCUGCCUUAUUUUCGGCUAAAAUUAUGUAUCGUUCGAGAAUCACCUGAUUUCUGGGGACCACUAUUUAUUGUUUCAACUUAUGCAUUGUUGUCACUGUACGGACAGCUAAGUGUACUUUCAUGGAUCUUGACAAUUUGGUUUAUUGGAUCAUUUUUUGUGUUUUUCCUAGCACGAGCUCUUGGAGGAGAAGUCGGCUAUGGUCAGAUGCUUGGUAUUGUCGGUUAUUGCCUCAUACCUCUAAUCGUUGUAGGCUUAAUUAUUUCAAUUUUAUCAAGAUUUCGGUUGUUUUCCGUAGCAGUUGGUUGUUUCGGUGUUUUUUGGUCUGUGUACAGUGCUGGUACACUUCUUUGUGUUGAAGAACUACGUGAGAAACGCACUUUAUUGCUUUAUCCGGUUUUUCUGUUAUAUGUUUAUUUCUUCUCGCUGUAUUCAGGAGUAUAA